GGCCAGUACUGUGACAUCUGCUCCUCUGCAAACAGCAACAAGGCUCAUCCCAUAACCAAUGCCAUCGACGGGACAGAGCGCUGGUGGCAGAGCCCCCCUCUCUCCAGGGGGCUGGAGUUCAACCAAGUCAACGUCACCCUGGACCUUGGACAGCUCUUCCAUGUGGCGUACGUCCUGAUCAAAUUUGCCAAUUCUCCCCGACCUGACCUCUGGGUGCUGGAACGAUCUACUGACUUUGGCCUUACCUACGAGCCCUGGCAGUAUUUUGCCUCUUCCAAGAGGGACUGCAUAGAGAAGUUUGGCCUGCACACAGUGGAUCGUAUCACCAAGGACGACCAUGCCAUCUGCACUACUGAAUAUUCCCGGAUCGUGCCUUUAGAAAAUGGGGAGAUUGUCGUUUCGCUGGUAAAUGGGCGCCCAGGAGCCAUGAACUUCUCCUAUUCUCCUCUCCUGCGGAAUUUCACUAAAGCCACCAAUAUCAGGCUACGCUUCCUGCAGACAAACACUCUGCUGGGGCAUCUGAUGGGAAAAGCUUUAAGGGACCCUACUGUGACCAGGAGGUAUUACUACAGCAUCAAAGAUAUCAGCAUUGGAGGGCGCUGUGUCUGCCACGGCCACGCAGACGUCUGUGAUGCCAAAGACCCUAAUGACCCUUACAGGCUGCAGUGCGACUGCCAACACAACACCUGCGGCGGCUCCUGCGAUCGCUGCUGCCCCGGCUUCAACCAGUUCCCGUGGAAGCCAGCCACCGCCGACAGCGCAAACGAAUGCCAGCCUUGCAAUUGCAAUGGCCACGCCUACGACUGCUACUACGACCCGGAGGUGGAUCACCACAAAGCCAGCAGAAAUCGUGAAGACAAGUUUGAAGGGGGAGGUGUUUGCAUCGACUGUCAGCAUCACACCACGGGCAUUAACUGCGAGAGAUGCAUCCCGGGAUACUACCGAUCCCCUGAUCACCCAAUCGACUCUCCGUACAUUUGCUAUCGUUGCAACUGUGAGUCAGACUUCACAGACGGCACCUGCGAGGACCUCACCGGGCGCUGUUACUGCAAGCCCAACUACACCGGGGAGCACUGUGAUGCCUGUGCUGAGGGGUACCUCGACUUCCCACACUGCUACCCUAUUCCGGCUUUCACUCACAACGAUACUGGAGAACAAGUGCUCCCUGCAGGACAAAUAAUAAACUGCGACUGCUACGCCGGUGGGACAGAAGGCAACGCCUGUCGCAAGGACCCUCGGGUGGGCAUGUGCGUGUGCAAGCCCAACUUCCAGGGAGCGCGCUGCGACCAGUGUGCGCCGCGCCGCCCAGGGUGAGUCCCCCGGCCCCGAGCCUCCCUCCGGGGAAGCGCGCGUCUCCCCCCGCUGCCCUGCUCGGUCUGCGGAGCAGGAAUUCUCCGGCCCCGGUGCGCUCCCGGCUACUUCAACUGCCCGCUGUGCCAGCUAUGCGGCUGCAGCGCCGUCGGGACGCUGCCGGGAGGCUGCGACGCCGCUGGGAGAUGUUUCUGCAAGCCGGAGUUUGACGGGCCUCACUGUGACCGCUGCAGCCCCGGACACCAUUCGUACCCCCACUGCUACGCUUGCUCCUGUGACUCCCGGGGCUCGUGCUCCAGGGAAGGGUCCCUCCACAGCACGUGCGACCAGGACACGGGGCAGUGCAGCUGUCGGCCCAAGGUGACGGGACUGCGCUGUGACACCUGCGUGCCGGGGGCCUAUGGAUUUCCACACUGUGAAGUGGGCUCCUGUAACCCAGCCGGGCUAGUGCCUGCAGACCCCUCGCUGGCCCCGGGCUCCUGUGCAUGUCGGGCGUAUGUUGAAGGCCCAGCUUGCGACAGAUGCAAACCGCUGUACUGGAACCUGACUCCGGAGAACCCCUACGGCUGCAUGAGCUGCAAGUGUGAUACCAAGGGCACCAUCAGUGGAAUUGCAGAGUGUCAGCAGGGCAAUGGGCAGUGUUUCUGCAAACCAAACGUUUGUGGGCAGCUCUGCUCAACGUGCAAAGACGGAUACUUCAGCAUGGACAAAGCCAGUUACUUUGGCUGCCAAGGCUGCCAGUGCGAUGUCGGUGGCUCGGUGGGGCCGGCCUGCGAGGAGCGCACCGGAGCCUGUCCCUGCAGGCAGAGCACCCGCGGCGCCACGUGCACCCAACCUGCAAGGGACCAUUAUUUUCCUGACCUUCACCACUUGAAAUUCGAGCUGGAAGAAGGCACCACGCCGGCUGGCCGGUCUGUGCGCUUUGGCUACAACCCUCUGGAGUUUGAGAACUUCAGCUGGCGAGGAUACGCGCAGAUGUCUCCCAUCCAGCCCAAGGUAGUGGUGACUCUCAAUGUGACCUCCCCCGACCUCUUCCGCGUCGUCUUCCGCUACGUCAGCCGGGGGCCCGCCAGUGUGCAAGGGAGGGUCUCGGUCCUUGAGGAAGGAAAGUUUAAUGUGUGUGGCAACUGUACAGAGCAGACCAAGCAGAUCAUCUUUGCUCCCAGCACGGAACCGGCCUUUGUCACUGUCCCCCAGAACAGCUUUGGGGAGCCCUUCGUGCUCAACCCCAGCACCUGGUCUCUGGUUGUUGAAGCAGAGGGUGUGCUGCUGGACUAUCUGGUUUUGCUACCCAGCUCAUACUAUGAAGCUCCGAUACUGCAGCUGAAGGUCACAGAGCCAUGUACCUACCAGCCAGCCCCAGAAAGAGCCGCCCAGAACUGCCUCUUGUAUAAGUACUUGUCGGUGGACGGCUUCCCUACUGCAUCAGGAGUGGAGGCAGUGUGCAGGUUGGACAACCGGUUACCCAGAGCAUGUCCCACAGAGCAGCUCACCCCCUCCCAUCCCCGGAUGGCAACAUGCAGCGGCAGUGAUGUGGAAGUCCAGCUGUCUUUGCCUGUUCCCCGGCCCGGGAAAUACGUGCUAGUGGUGGAAUACGCCAACACCCAUGCUCUGCAGACGGUGGGCGUUGCCGUGAGCUCGCCCCACUUAGCCAUGCAGCAGGGCACGUUCACCUUCUACCCGUGCGUCUACAGUUUCCUUUGUCGAGGGAUGGCUGUAGAUUCUCAGAGCCGCCUGGCAACUUUUGAACUUACCUCGGAGGCAACCAUUCGGUUCAUGGCUGAUCAGGCUGACUUCUUCCUGUACCAAGUGUACCUCGUACCUGCUGCACAGUUCACCAUGGAGUUCGUUGAGCCGAAGGUGCAUUGCAUCAGCAUCCAUGGCACGUUCUCCUCCAACAGCAGUUCCUGUGUUCCCUCGCGGUUCCUGAAACUUUCUCAGUCAAUCGUUUUGGAGGGAGGCCAGGCACUGCCCAUCACCCCUGACACUCCCCUGGCUCAGGCGGUCCACAUUGCUCCAGCCAGUGUCCCCAUGGAGCCUGCACCUCGGCCUCCCACUGCGGUGGACUCCUCAGCAGAGCUCAUCCUCCUGCAGCCCCCGCAGGCUGCUGUUGUGUUUAACAGUCGGAUCCAGACGCUGGGACGCUACGCUUUCAUCCUGCAUUAUUACCAGCCCAACCAUCCCACCUUCCCUGUGGAGGUGUUAAUCAACGGUGGACGCAUUUGGCAAGGUGAGACCAAUGCUACUUUCUGCCCACAUGGCUAUGGGUGCCGGAGCCUGGUAGUUUCUGAGAACCAGAUUAUCCUGGAUGUUACCGACAAUGACCUGACUGUGAUUGUGCGAGUGCCAGAAGGCAAGCAGCUGUGGCUGGAUUACAUCCUCGUGGUGCCAGAAGAAAGCUACAGUUCUCAGUACCUGCAGGAAGAACCGCUGGACAAGUCCUAUGACUUCAUCAGCAGCUGUGGCAUCAACAGCUUCUACAUCAACCCCACCACAUCCUCAAGGUUCUGCCGUGACUCUGCCAUCUCACUCUCGCUCUUCUACAACAACGGGGCCCAGCCCUGCCGGUGCCACGAGGCUGGAGCGCGGGGCAGCCAGUGCGAGCCCUUUGGCGGGCAGUGUCCCUGCAAGCCCAACGUCAUCGGGCGAGAGUGUUCCCGCUGUGCCACUGGCUACUGGGGCUUCCCUAACUGCAGGCCCUGUGACUGUGGGACGCGUCUCUGCGACGAGGUGACGGGCCAGUGCAUUUGCCCUCCGCACACGCUGAAGCCGGAGUGCGUCAUCUGCGAGCCCCAGACCUUCGGCUGCCACCCGCUCAUCGGCUGCGAGGACUGCAACUGCUCUCGGCCAGGCGUGCAAGAGCUGACGGAGCCGGGCUGCGAUGUGGACAGUGGGCAGUGCAGGUGCAAGCCUAAUGUCAUAGGACGGCAAUGUGACCUCUGCGCCCCCGGCUACUACCGUUACCCCAACUGCAGGCAAUGCGACUGCCACCAGGCUGGCACCGAAGCGAGUGUGUGCGACCCAGUCACGGGGCAGUGUCACUGCAAGGAGAACGUAGAGGGCCCAAGGUGUGACCAGUGCCGCUUGGGGACGUUUUCUUUGGAUGCCAGCAACCCCAAGGGUUGCACCAAGUGUUUCUGCUUCGGAGCGACUGAUCGCUGCCGCAGUGCUGAGAAGUACCGAGCCGAGUUCGUCGACAUGAGCGGGUGGGUGUUGCUGAGCAGCGACCGCCAGGAAGUGCCCACCACCCUGAGCCUGCGGGAGCAGCUCCUUCAUGCCGAUCUCAAGAACCUCCCUGAGGCGUAUCAGGAGCUCUACUGGGUUGCACCCAGCUCCUACCUCGGGGACCGGGUUUCAUCCUAUGGUGGGCACCUGCGUUACGAGCUUCACUCAGACCCACGGAGGGGCGAUGUGUUCAUUCCCAUGGAGUCCCGCCCGGACGUGAUCCUGAAGGGAAAUCAGAUGAGCAUCAUGUUUCUGGAAGGCACCUACCCCUCGCCGGGAGAGGUGCACCAAGGCCGGCUGCAGCUGGUGGAGGGAAACUUCAGGCACACGGAGACGCACAACCCUGUGUCCAGAGAGGAGCUCAUGAUGGUGCUGGCAAACCUGGAGCAGCUGCAGAUCCGGGCGCUCUUCUCUCAGCUCUCCUCCUCGGUGUCCCUGCGCCGCGUGGUCCUGGAGAUGGUGGCAGAGACAGCCACGGGCAUCCGUGCCAGCAACGUGGAGCUGUGCUUUUGUCCAGCCAACUACCAGGGAGACUCCUGCCAGGAAUGUGCUCCUGGUUACUACAGGGACACCAAGGGGCUCUUUCUGGGAAAAUGCAUCCCAUGUCAUUGCAACGGCCACUCAGAUCAGUGCCUGCCAGGGUCUGGGAUAUGCCUGAACUGCCAGCACAACACGGAGGGGGACCACUGCGAGCGGUGCAAGGACGGCUACGUGGGCAGCCACUCGCUUGAAGGACUCUUGCAGUGUGUUGGAUGCCCGUGCCCUCUUUCAGUUGCCUCCAACAACUUUGCCAUCGGUUGUGUCCACAAGGGCUCCAGCACACAGUGUCUCUGCAAGCCCGGCUACGCUGGACCGAACUGCGAGCGGUGUGCCCCCGGCUACUACGGCAAUCCCUUGGUGAUCGGCAGCUCGUGCCAGCCCUGCGACUGCAGCGGGAACACGGACCCCAACAUGCUCUUCAAUAGCUGCGACUCCCUGACGGGCGCCUGCACGGGGUGCAUGCACCACACGGCGGGCGCGCGGUGCGAAGUGUGCGCCCCCGGCUACUACGGUGACGCGGUGACAGCCAAGAACUGCACACAGUGCGACUGUUCGCCUUGCGGGACUGACUCGUGCCAUCCGCGAACCGGCCAGUGCUUCUGCAAGCCUGGAGUGACGGGCCAGCAGUGCGACCGCUGCGGGGGACCGGGAGCCCCGCCGCCCCGGCGGGGGGGGGCCCCCUGCCGAUCGGAUGAGCUCCUAGUCCCUUGGGUGAAUCUCCGACGUUAUCUGCAAAAGGGAUGUGGCUCCACCAGCAUCUCUCUGCUAGUGGGGGGGUGCGAGUGCAAAGGCGGCUCCUGCGACCCGCGCACGGGCGAGUGCACCUGCCCCAACGGCCUGGCCGGGAAGCAGUGCGACGUCUGCCUGCAGAAGCACGAGGUCCCCGUGGCAAACGGCCCGGACAGCGUGAGGUGCGAAGUGUGCGACAGCUGUGUCCUGCUCCUGCUGGAAGAUCUGCAGAGCAUCGAGACGUCCUUCCCCUCGAUUCGGGGCCAGCUGGUUAACCUGAACGCCAGCUCCAUCGCCUGGGCUCGCCUCCACAGUCUCAACAGCACUAUGGCCACCAUCGCUAACCACUUGCGCGAGUACCAGCGAGCCCUAAGCAAGGUCAGGCAAAGGGCGGACGAGCUGGAGGACGAGAACGUGGACCUCACGCAGGACCUGAACGCGCUGCAGCACAAAAUGACAAUGACUCAAAGAGAAGCAAACCAUUUAGAGCAGCACACAAGAGAGACUUACCAGAGGGGGGAGCAGCUCCUGCUAAAUAUCCAAAGCAUCCAGAAAAGCAUUGCAGACCUGGUACAGGAGAUGGCCAAGUUUGGGACAGCAAACACCAGCACCACCUCCACCGAGGAGUUCCGGCAGAAGAUGGCCGAGGUGGAGAGGAUGCUGAAGGAGAUGAAGGAGCGGAGUUUUGGCAGCCAUGAGGCGCUGGCAAGGCACGAGUAUGAAGAGGCUCAGAAGCUGCUGCAUCGCGUGAAGAACGAGCUGUACUCCCGCUGGGAGGCUAACCAGGACCUGGUGAACAGCAUCCGAGAGCGGCUGGCUCAGCACAGCUCUGAGCUGAUGGACCUCCGUGACGCCCUCAACGAGGCUGUAAAUAAAACGAGGCAGACGGAGGACUUGAACGGCCUGAAUCGCAACAACCUGGAGGAGAGUCAGCAAAAGAGCCGGGAACUCCAAAAACAGUACAGAGUGGUGCAGGACACCCUGCGGAUGGCCAAGGACUCUCUGGCACAGGUCUCCAAGUUCCUGCAGAAGAUGGAUAGCGCAAAGGAGGAGUACGAGAAGUUGGCAGCCCUGCUGGAUGGGGCUAAGCUGCCCUUGACAGAGCGGGUAAAGAAGUUCUCCCCGGCCAGCAGCAAGAUCCCAAUUGUGGAGCAGGCUGAGGAGCAUGCCCAGCUCUUGGACGAGCUCGCGAGGAACCUGUCCAGCAUUAUCCAGGGCACAAACCAGGAUGGCUUUAUCCAGCGAGCGAUUGACGCCUCCAAUGCCUACGCCAGCAUCAUCGAAGCUGUGAAAAAAGCCGAGCGAGCGGCCCACGAUGCCGACGAGGCGGCCGGUGAGGCUUUGAUGAACGUCAUGUCAGAAAACCUUGGGGCCAUCUCUAAAGAACUGAAGAAGAACAGCAGCAACCUUGAAGAGGCUGUGAAGAGAGAGCAGAGAAAACUCAAUGGGGCUAUUAAAGGCACUCUGCAGACAGCAAAGGACAAACUGGCCGACCUCCGCGUGAAGAAGGAGCAGCUCCUGAGCCAGCUCCAGUCCGUACAGGACAUGCUGGGCAGGGACCAAGAGGACACAAAGGAGACAAUCCAGAAUGCCAAAGCGGCAGCAGCUGAGGCCAACGAAACAGCUGCACGAGUGGAAGAUACACUGAACACCAUGAAGAAGAACCUGGAUGAAUGGAAAGACCAGUACGGAGGCCUUCAAAACAAAGACCUGAACCAGGCAGUCCAGGAUGCCAGGAAGUCUGUGUCCAGCCUGGAAAGCACCAUCCCGCUGCUGCUGGGGAAGCUGAGCAGCCUGGAGAACAGGAGGAACAAGAACGCCACCGUGUCAGAGAACAUCGUGCGGAUCCGGCAGCUCAUUACGCAGGCGAGGAAUGCAGCUAGCAAGGUCAAAGUCCCAAUGAAGUUCAAUGGCAGCUCGGGCGUGCAGGUCCGGAUGCCCAGCAACCUGCAGGACCUGGCAGCCUACACGUCCCUCAAAUUCUACAUCCAGAACCCUGAGCCCAAGAGCAGGCAGCAGCAGCAGGAUGGGGCUGAAGAGGGGCGGUUCGUGCUGUACCUGGGCAGCCGAGAGGCCUCUGGAGAUUACCUGGGCAUCGUGCUCAAGGACCGCAAAGUUCAGUGGGUCUACAAACUGGGAGAUGAGGACCCAGCCUCCCUGACCAUUGACGAGGAGAUCGGAGAGCAGUUUGCCACCAUCAGCAUCAACAGGAUCCUGCAGUACGGACACAUGUCGGUGAUCGUGGAGAGGCAGACGGUACACGAGACCAAGGGAGACAGCGUCGCCAAGGGGGAGCAGGGGCUGCUCAACCUGGACCCGCGCAAUGUGGUUUUCUACGUGGGUGGCUACCCCUCCAGCUUCACGCCCCCUCCCAUUUUGCGCUACCCCAACUACCGUGGGUGCCUGGAGCUGGACACACUGAACGAGGAGGUGGUGAGUCUGUACAACUUCCAGCGCACCUUCCACUUGGAUACCACCACAGAGAAGCCCUGCGCAAGGUCCAAGUCCACAGGAGACCCCUGGCUGACAGACGGCUCCUACUUUGAUGGCACCGGUUACGCAGAGAUCAAGUUUGAGAGCCAGUUUGGCACGACCAAGCGCUUUGAGCAGGAGAUCCGAGUGGUCUCCUAUAACGGCAUCCUCUUCUUCCUGGAGAACGAGGGACAGUUCCUGUGUCUGGCCAUUCGGGACGGGAAGCUGGUGCUUUACUACGACUUCAAUGCCGGCCUGGAGAUGGCAAAACCCAGCAGCAACUCCUCGUCCCUCGCCAUUGGCAGCACCACGAACCAAGCGAUCCAGAUAUUCCUCCUCAAAAUGAAUAACAAGAAGCGCAUCCUGGUGCGGCUAGAGCGACUCACCAUCUUCAUUGUGGAGCAGGAGAACUCCCUGGAGAACGCGGUUUCCUACUACCUGGGCGGCGUGCCCCCGGCUGUGCUACCCCCCAGCUUGAAAGCGCUGUUUCCCACGGGUGGGCCCAUCCGGGGCUGCAUGAAGGGUUUGAAGGCUCUCGGCAAAUACGUCGACUUGAAGCGCAUGAGCACAGUUGGCGUGAGCUACGGGUGCACCUCGGACCUCCUGGUGGCUCGCUCCGUUAACUUCCAUGGCCAUGGCUACUUGACCCUGUCCCUGAAGAACGUGCCCCAGCUGCAGGACUUCUACUCGGGCUUCAGCUUCCGGACGAGCCAGCGCGAGGGGCUGCUCUACCACCACGCCACCCAGGAGGGGACUUGCCAGGUGUCUCUCAAGGGGGGCCAGCUGGCCUUGAACGUGCUGCAAACUGAAUUCACCACGAGAAAUACUUACGCAGACGACAGGACCCACUACGUGGCCUUCUACAGCGAUGUCCAUGGGGUCCGGCUGUACGUGGACGACGAGCUGCAGGAGGCCGUGCCCGGAGCUGGGUCCUAUUUCUCCCUGGAGGUGAAGCUCAGCUCCUCCAACGGGCUGCUCUUCUACGUCGCCGGUGAGCGAGGCGCCUUCCUGGCGCUCUUCAUCUCCAACAGGCGCUUCGUGCUCCUGGUGAACCUUGGUGGGCGCCGGCUGCAGAUCCGCAGCAAAGACAAGUACCGGGACCGGCGGGGGGACACCGGGGGCCGGGGGGUCUUCUUCAGCCGCGACCAGAGCCGAGCCCAGCUGGUCAUUGACGGGCUGCGAGCACAGGAGGCCACCACGACCACCGCAGGGCACUUCCUAGCUCGGACACCCUUCUACGUGGGGGGAACGCCAGCCGGGAUGGCCAAGGCUCACAUCCCGGUUGCUUCUGCCUCCAGCUUCGACGGGUGCCUGAGGAACCUGCAGCUGGACGGGAGGCCCCUGGGCCCCCCGUCGCGCACCGUCGGGGUGACGCCGUGCUACGAGGGAGCCCGGGAGAGCGGCGUCUUCUUUGCUGCAGAGGGCGGGUCCAUCAUCCUAGCUGACAUGGUGGCAACGGGGCAGGACUUGGAGGUGAUGCUGGAGGUCCGUCCCCGCAGUGCCUCCGGCCUCGUCUUCCACAUUGGCACAAGGAGAAACCCCUACCUCCAGCUGUACAUGGACAAGGCGAAGGUCACCGUGAGCGCCAGCGCCGGGGCUGAUGAGUUCUCCACGUCGGUGAUGCACUCGGCUCUCUGCGACGGGCAGUGGCACGCCAUCACAGUUAUCAAAAGGAAAAACAUAAUCCAGAUUGACGUGGACACAGAAGGAAACUACACAGCGGGCCCCAGCCAGGCGUCCCAGCCUCCUGCGCCCGGGGCGAGGGCGACGUUCCACCUGGGAGGGCUGCCAGAGACAACCAAGGCCAGCCCGGUAUGGCCGUUGCCUCCGCUCCCUCAUUAUGUGGGCUGUAUAAGGAAUCUGGUGAUUAACCGGAGCCACGUGAGCCUGCUGCAAAGCGGGACUGUCAGGGGCUCAGUUGGCCUUAAGGGUUGCCCCGUGCUAUAAGUGCACCUCAGUGUAAAGCCUGACGGACGGAAAGCUGCACUGCUCCCUGAGCCCCAGCUGUUACUAGAUUUGCUUAACAGUGGUCAAACAUACUUGAUCUCCAGCAACUGCCGAGCAGGCCUGCAGCUGCAAGUCAGGGGCCAAAAGCAGAGAGGGGCCAGGUACCUAUAGGGAAGGCGGGCAGGGGAGAAAGGUGGGAAGAAGGGGGCACUUCAGGGCCCCCUUUUACAAAUAUAACCAAAAAGUCUGAGCAGGAGCUAGGGCUAACUCCUUCCCCAGUGGUCAAGCAUCUGCAGCAGGACUCCUUCUGACACUUGGCUCAUGUCCUUUAUAGAGUGUGGGCUUACGCAUGCGGCAGCCACACACUCACAUCUUAAAUCCUGUUCCCCUUUCCCCGCACUUAAAAUGCACAUAGAUUUUACUUCACAGAACACUUCAGGCUAUUAAUAACAGUCACAGACUGUCUUCUGCUAAAGGCUCUAGGCAGCCCCUGUUUUAUAAUAAAUGCAAUUAGGACAAACUGGAUUAAUUCUGUCACUUUUGUGUUUUUACAAGCAAGGAUGCAUUUAACCCCCCCCCACCCAGGGUCACUCUUGGUUCACCUGCCACUGCUCUACAAAAAAAGCUCUGCAAGGGGGACUUGAAGAUGAAAUUCUGUUUACAGCAUUAGCCUCUUCCAUUCAGAUUAAUUUAAAACAAUUCCCCCCCCCAAAAAAACAAAAACCCCCCCACCACCACCCCCCAAAAAAAAAGGCUGGAAAAAGUGCUGAGGGAAAAGUAGAAAGACAUUACAACUGCCACACCUAGAUUAUCUCUCUGCAGUUACAUUCAGUGCCAUCCAAUACACUGGCAAAAAAGUCCUGUUGUAUGAAGCAGAAAACUUCUGCUUGAAAGGGAAGAAAUAAAGAAAGGUUACCUCUAAGCCUGGUUGGGUUUGAGAUGUCAUUU